AUGGCUUUAUCAAUAAGUUCAACUAUGCAAAACGUGAAUUUGAAUCAGCAUAACGAUGUCUACGAACAGAAGCGACAGCAGAGCAUGCAGAACAUACAGAAUAUCCCCCUGAUACUGUACAGCCUGAAUGAAUAUCACUAUCCGCCACCAAUAGCGCAACAAGCGCAUCACCCUCUGUACUACCCGGUCCAGGGCCAGCGCACCUCAGGAGCAGAGACUGAGUAUAUGUAUCCACCUCAUAUCAUGGGACAACAGGUUAUUUCACCGUUGUUACCUCCUCCUUCUAGCUUGGCAAGCAGCCAUAUUGUGCCGUCAGUGCAAGGGCAGGGGGUUGCUGGGCAACAUAUAAAUCAUAGCGGUGGUGGUGGUGGUGCACCACAUCCACCUGUCCCACCUGUCCCAUCUGUUGCUCCUGGUGGUCCACCUGGUCCGAUUGGUAGCGUUCCCCAUACUGCCCCUCCACUAUAUGCACCUGGAGGGCCACCUCUGUCUCACCAGUACCAGAUGGCUGCAAUGCCAAUACAACUACCACCCUCUAUGCAUCAGUCUCCCCACAUCUAUAUGCCCCAGCAAAUGUCCUCGCAGUCGGCCAGUGCCCAGUUUGCGCAGUAUCCUGGCCCUGGUGGACAUGGACCUGGUGGAAACCCUCAAACACCAGGGAGCAACAACCCAGUAGCUGGUCCAAGUGGUUACUACGUCCAACCUAGAACGCAGUACUACUACAGCCAGCCCCAGUAUCAAGGCAUGACAUAUUCCAACAAUAUGAUGCUCCCAGUUCACCCAUUCAGACCCCGCAAGAAAUCUAAGCACUCAACCAUAUGGACUUCUAGUGAGGAUCGCUUACUUCGAGAGUUGAAAGAGGUUCAGAAAUUAGGGUGGAGAGAAAUGUCGUCUUACUUCAAGGAUAGGACUCCCAAUGCGUGUCAAUUCAGAUGGAGACGGUUGGUCAGCGGAGUGACGCAAACGUCGCCCAAGCUGAAAGAAUUUGGAGUUAAUGAAGAGGAUAUUCUGGUUGCCAGUCAAUUGCAAGGCGAAUCCAGUGAUAAAUUGAAUGGAGACAGAGAGAGCACUGGGUCUGACAGCGUCAACUACCUAAACGGUAUUAAAUUAGAAACUACUGAUAUCAAAAAAGAAGACGAUCCUACAAUACCUACCUCUCCAAAUUCCCCAACCUCAAACAAAUCUCCAACGCCCUCUUCCAUAACAUCGUCAUCUGUAUCGUCACCCCAGAAACCUAGAAAGGCGCUGACAGAGGAAGAGAAACAUAAUCAGUCCAUUAACUUCCUACUCAAUUGA